AGUACAAGUUAAAGCUUGUACUUAAGUUUUUAGAGAAGUUAGCUGGGGUCGCGUUAGCAAAAUUUCACUCGGACUUGUAAAAGAUUGAUGGGUUGUGGCUCAAUGAGCUUUAACUUCAACAGCCAAUCAGAUGUUAGCCUCGUCCCUGGGUCCGCCCCCACAUCUUUAAACCCUCUGCAGCGUGGUGCUGUUGCUGUCUCUUCUGAAAGAGUUGUAAGUUUGCGUCCAGGCUCGAACUCGGAGGGCCGCUGUGAGUUUGGUCGCCACUCAGCUCAGCCGACUGGGCCAGCAAAACACGCGUCGCGACGAAGAAUUCAAUGAAAAACAGCUCAAAGUGUUAGCAGCAAACGGAGGAGUUCAUGUUAAAGUGACUUUUGGAAACGACAGCCGCUUCCUUGUUCGACAACUGGGUGAAAUAUUACUACAUCCUCACAAAGAAGCUCGGCCGCUAACUCGCGCACACAAGUCCAGGGAUUUAAAGCUCAACAUUCAAAACUUGAACUCCACAUCGUAGAAGACGACUCGCCUGUGAGGAUAAGUGUCGCUGCGGCUGCUACUUCUGUGAUUACUCGAUUGUUGUUUUUGUUUUUUACUCGAUCAAACUGGAGAGUAGUCAUCAUCAGUAGCAGCGAAGGAGGAGGAGGAGGAGGAGGUGGUGGUGGUAACUCAUUUCCAUAGUUUUCACGGAGCACCCCCACCUCAGUCCAGGCUGGUGAGGAUGUCUGGCCAAAGUGGAGCUGUGCAGAGCCGGGGAAGUGCUGUGGUUCCACGGCCCCUGAAGGCAACAAUCCCCUAUCAGCUGACCAGUAAACCUCCACCAUCACACCGCAGGGAUGGCAAGUCAGCCGGCAAGAUGAAACUGCACCAGCAGCUGAGCUCUGGGAUCAGACGGGCCAUGUCUCUGGACGCCAUUAUUGGGCCAUACCUGCAGGGACAAUGGUUGAAAGAACCAGAAGGCCACAGCUGUCUCUCCUACAAGGAUAAAGCCACACAGACUCCAGACUCGUGGUCAGAUAACGCCGACGGGAGGCGAGGAAGCAGCAGCGGCAGCAGCAGCAGUAGUAGCCACAAACGCUCGGCGUCGUGUGGCAGCACCGAACAUCUGCUAGAGGUCACUAAGCUGAAACAACAGCUGCAGCAGCAGCAGCAGCAGCGCAGCAAACCUUCGGUCUCGGGAGGACACGACAAGGAGAGUUCUCAGCGGAGCUGUAGCAUAGGAACCGACCAGCCUCAGUGGAUCCCGGUGUCACAGGCUCCCCUGUCCACGCUGGUCCCCCGACUGCGCUGCAGCGUCGAGGGCCUGAACCAGGAACUUGAGGGUGUAUUUAUCUGCCAUCCCCAGAACAAUUUUCUUGAGGUCCCCGAUGGCCACAGGGCUCCGGUCCCUCCGCAGAGCUGCAGCAGUGGUUCUCAAAGUGACCCGACCUCGGCCACCACACCCUUAUCCUCCGUCUCUCUCUCUCCCUCCCCCUGCUCCUCUCCGUACUCUGUCUGUAACUCCCCGCCCAAACCGGACACGGCUCAUGCACCGUUGCCCCAAGGUCUACACAACAGGACUGAGUCGGUCCUUCUCUCUCAGCCGUUGCUCACCUCCUCAUCACCGGGGCCGAACAAAAGCUGCUGUUUCCAGAGAGAACCUCCAGAGGGCUGUGAAAGAGUCAGGGUGUGGGACGAAAGCAGCUCUCCACGCAAGCCAGAGGUGGCCUUCAUCUCUUCCUGUCCGGAUCUCAAUAAAGUCAACUUCACUCCUCACGGGGGCUCGGCCUUCUGUCCCGUCAGCCUCCCCGUUCCUCUUCUUUCCUCCAUGGGCAUGUCUUUCCGAGGUCUUUCCAUUUCUCCAGCAGGGGGCCCGUCAUGUCAGGGGCCAAGUUCCUGUCAGGUAACAUUCUCGAACGUUAACUCUGUCAGCACAGCCUCAGAAUCCCAUUCUGUCUAAGGAUGUAGGUAUGUGGCCCAAUGUGUUUUCUGAGAUGCUGGUGUCACUAAUGCCUUUUUUUUUUUUUUUGACAAAAUAUCUCAGUUCUUUUCUACAAAGGUUGGAAAUAACCUGUAAUGUGUAAUAGUGAAAUAUUCUUGUAAUACUUCACAAUCUAAAUCUUUAUAUGUUCGUUGUGUUGCUUUAGGUCAGUCUGUAAAGUCAGUCAUUUGAAUCAGUCAUUCAAUCUACCAAAGAUAUAUUUGUGGAUCAAAUAAUUGAAAAGACAGAAUUUUACUCAGCGUGAUCUGAGUAGCGACUCGCUGUACACAUCGAUAGAUGCAGAAUACAUUUUUAACUUCAAAAGGGCUGCUAUGUGGCCAUUUAAAAAAAAAAAAAAAAAAAUUAAAUAACUUGCGUUGUGUUCUAUCAUUAUUUUUUUUCCUUUACCAAAGACCUUUAUCCACCAUUCUCUCCUCAUAUCAACUCAGUGUAUUUUACUUUAACUUUAACUUAAUUUGAAAUACAAAAAUAAAAAUAUUAUCAAAUGUAUUAGUUAAACAAAACAAUUCCUUGGUUGAAUUUAGUAGACAUAAACACCUAUGCUCAUAAGCUCAUGAAUCUUAGGUUUGUGAUAGUAGUUUUGGCAGUGCUGACUGGGACAAACUUAACCUGACAGAAGAUUUGAUGCUAAAUUAAAAAAAAAAA